AUGACGAAACUCAAAGUGCUUGUUUGUUUGUUAGUGGCAGUUGUGUUACCUUGGUGCGUUCAGGAAGUGUCAUUUCGCGCGGGAAACGAGGAAUUCGUGACGAACGUUGGAGAUGAACCUUCAAAUCAGAGUAAGGAACGCCAAAAGAUAUUAGACUUGGAGGAGCAGAACGAGAAAGGAGAAAAGGCAGAGGAGAAUAGCGAAAUUAAUGAUGAGGGAAACGAGAUAGAGGAAGACCAGCAGAAACUGGACGUGGAGGAACGAGAGGAACGGAACGAGAAAGAAGAAAAGGCAGAGGAGAAUAGCGAAAUUAAUGAUAAAGGAAACGAGAUAGAGGAAAACCAACAGAAACUGGACGUGGAGGAACGAGAGGAACGGAACGAGAAAGAAGAAAAGGCAGAGGAGAAUAGCAAAAUUAAUGAUAAGGGAAACGAGAUAGAGGAAGACCAGCAGAAACUGGACGUGGAGGAACGAGAGGAACGGAACGAGAAAGAAGAAAAGGCAGAGGAGAAUAGCGAAACUAAUGAUAAGGGAAACGAGAUAGAGGAAGACCAGCAGAAACUGGACGUGGAGGAACGAGAGGAACGGAACGAGAAAGAAGAAAAGGCAGAGGAGAAUAGCGAAACUAAAGAUAAGGGAAACGAGAUAGAGGAAGACCAGCAGAAACUGGACGUGGAGGAACGAGAGGAACGGAACGAGAAAGAAGAAAAGGCAGGGGAGAAUGGUGAAAUUAAUGAUAAGGGAAAAGAGAUAGAGGAAGACCAACAGAAACUGGACGUGGAGGAACGAAAGGAACGGAACGAGAGAGAAAAAAAUGCAGAGGAGAAUGAUGAAAGUCAGGAUAAGGGAAACGAGACGAAGGAGGACCAACAGAAACUGGACGUGGAGGAACGAGAGGAACGGAACAAGAAAGAAGAAAAAGCAGAGAAGAAUGACGAAAGUCAGGAUAUGGGAAACGAGACGAAGGAGGACCAACAGACAUUAGACUUGCAGGAACAGAACGAGAGAGAAGAAAAAGCAGAGGAGAAUGAUAAAAAUCAGGAUAAGGGAAACAAGACAAAGGAGCAACAACAGAAACUAGACGUGGGGGAAAGAGGGGAACAGAACAAAAAAGAAGAAAACUAUGUGGAACAACGCAAGCAGAUAUUAGGUUUGGAGAAACAACAGGAAUCGAACGAGAAAAGAGGAAAUGACCAAGGUGUGAAUAGGGGAACAGAAAACGACAUUAAAAACGCGAAAAUCAAAGAAAACAGAGACAUCGACUUCCUGAGCGUCGUGGGAAACAGCCGCUGGAACGAGGAACCAGGGACACCAGAACAGAGGUUUUCCCGCCGUCAGAAGUUCAUGGAAGCGAAGUGUCGGAGGGCAGACGUUAGUCGACAGUCCUUGAAAAUGAUCAAGUCGAAUAAAAUCGGCAUCUUCUUCAAGCAGAAGACUGUGACAUGCCUGGCUAAUAAGGUAAAGUGA